CGACCGUGCACCAAGGUUAUGUUCUAAAACGCAAUGCUGCGCAGACACGCAAAUACAGGGAUCCGUACGUCAUUUGAAUGUCCCGUCCUAGCCGCCGUGCUGAUUGUAUCAAAUGAUCCACACACUAUGAAAAUUCAGUGAAUCUGCGCAGUUGACGCCCUAAAACACGACUUGAGAAUUGUUUAUUUAGGAUCAAGAUGGCGACCGUGGGUGGAUACGAGUCGGUCCUAUGUGUUAAGCCCGAUGUAAAUGUUUACCGCAUCCCUCCACGGGCAACGAAUCGUGGCUACAGAGCGGCAGACUGGAAGCUGGACGCGCCUGAUUGGACAGGACGUAUGCGAAUAACCGCUAAGGGCAAAGUGGCGUACAUCAAACUGGAAGACAAAGUCUCCGGGGAGCUCUUUGCUCAGGCGCCUAUUGAAGAAUACCCUGGCAUUGCAGUGGAAGCCGUGAGCGACUCCAGCCGCUACUUUGUCAUUCGGAUACAGGACGAUUCUGGUCGCAGUGCAUUUAUUGGUGUCGGGUUUGGGGACAGAGGAGAUGCCUUUGAUUUCAAUGUGGCUCUUCAGGAUCAUUUCAAAUGGGUGAAACAGGAUAAUGAAAUCAGCAAACAGGCUCAGCUUCCAGACUCAGGACCAAAGUUAGACCUCGGCUUUAAAGAGGGGCAGACCAUCACUCUCAAUAUUGGGCAAAGCAGGAAAAGGGACAAACCCCGCCAACAGGGGUCAGGUGGCCUUGGGCUCCUUCCUCCUCCACCAGGGGGAAAAAUUGCCCCACCCCCAUCCUCUGUCUCUUCCAAUCAGAACACAGAACUUCUCACAGGAGGUGGAGACACUGGCUGUUUAUUAGAUCUUGAUACUAGUAAUUCCAACUCUGUGGUCCAGUCAAAUCUUAGUGGUGACCUUUGGGGAGAUUUCUCAACCUCUGCUAGUUUGCCGCCUCAGUCAAAUCCGGCAGAGUCUUCCACUACCAGCUGGGUGAAGUUCUGAAUUCCUUUUCCUGUUCCGUCGUGUUCCGUGUCACUCCCUUCCUUUGUCUUCUGCCUCUGUUCCACUCCAACAGGAACAAUUCUGUUGUCUGCUGUACCCGCUCUCCUCUUUAAGCUGCAGCCAUAAACCAAACUGCAAAAAAUAGACUGAGACUUACAACAAAAUAUACUGUAUGAUAAUGAUGUCGAAUUAAUGUAACGUUUUAUUGGAAACUAAAUUGUAACGGAUCUGGGUAAAAGUUUUGGGGGAGAAAAAAAUGUAACCAUUACAAUAAUAAAUGCGGUAUGUAUACUGUACAUACUUAUCCGUGUAAAUAUGUGUAUGUUUUUAGGGCCAGUGUUUUAUAGAUCUGAAUUAAGUCUCAGUUCUGUCUGAGUUACAAGUAUUGUCCAGUAAUUAUUGUACUGCAUAGGUACAUAAGUUAAUCACACUGACAUCCUACAGCUGCUGCUUCCCAAUUAACACAAAAUAAUGAGACUGCAGUGUUGAGUUAUGGAUUGACAGUUAAAAUGUGAUGUGUGUGAGAGACCAGUAGCAACACAGUGCAGAUCUGACAGGGGCUUUAAGGGAAGUUGUAAUCUUUCUGAACCUUUAAAUGCAUACAUUGUGUGGUCAUACUGUACGUACAAAUGUGCGCUCAUGUUGGUGUAGCUGUUCUGUGGCUUUCAUGACAGCAUUACAGCACAAUUAAAUACGGUUUUGUAGUUGUCGGUGGCAUUUACAUUAUAAGUUCAUGUUGGGAAGGCAUUUACCAUGAAGUACAUAGUAGUGCUGAUCACUGAAUCCUUACAUGAAGACCUCUUAAUGAGCCCAAACACAUACAUUAACACUAUAUCAAAAGAGAGAAGCCUUGAUAGUUAAGAACGAACAAGAUUAACCAAUUCCAGCUGGAUGGAAGAAUUGGGGUGUUAAGUUGUGCUGUUGAUCUCUCUUGUGUUCCCUUUAAGUUCUAUACUGAAUUUUUCUUUCUGCUGGUAAUUGUUAACACACUGUAUAUUCACUCUACUGAACAGUAUACCUAUAAUUACCAUGCUGAUAAUACAUGAAUAAAAAUUGGAGUUGUUUUCUGUGUGUUGGUAUUAGUUGGUAUGGCUAUAUUUGGAGAAACUAAGGGACAUAAAAACAUCUCUCCUGAGACUGUACAUUUUAAAAUAUAAUAAACAAAGCAU